AUGGUUAAUGGUGCUUUUAGCAACCCAAAGCUCGCCGGCAGCUGGGCUACAUCACGAUUUAGAGCAACCACAACGGCGCUUGUUAAGUUAGAGAAGAGUGUGGGGGAGGACAUUGAUGAGAAGCUUGUUAAGUUAGAGAAGAGUGUGGGGGAGGACAUUGAUGAGAAGCUUGUUAAGUUAGAGAAGAGUGUGGGGGAGGACAUUGAUGAGAAGCUUGUUAAGUUAGAGAAGAGUGUGGGGGAGGACAUUGAUGAGAAGCUUGUUAAGUUAGAGAAGAGUGUGGGGGAGGACAUUGAUGAGAAGCUUGUUAAGUUAGAGAAGAGUGUGGGGGAGGACAUUGAUGAGAAGCUUGUUAAGUUAGAGAAGAGUGUGGGGGAGGACAUUGAUGAGAAGCUUGUUAAGUUAGAGAAGAGUGUGGGGGAGGACAUUGAUGAGAAGCUUGUUAAGUUAGAGAAGAGUGUGGGGGAGGACAUUGAUGAGAAGCUUGUUAAGUUAGAGAAGAGUGUGGGGGAGGACAUUGAUGAGAAGCUUGUUAAGUUAGAGAAGAGUGUGGGGGAGUUAGCUAAGAAGAAAUUUGGGAUUGCAAAUGGCUAUCCAUUGGUUGUUAGUGUGUUGGUUAGUGUAUUAUUUAUAAUAUGUAUGGUGGUCAUGAUGAAGUGGGCUGAGGAGAAAGACAACGUCCUAACAUCGAGCCUGGAGGAGCUUCAGAGGAUGAAAAAACCGAAUGUCUGACCUUUAGAAGGUAAUGCAGAAA